AUGGAUCAUGUUAGGGAUAACGCCUCGCCGGCCACUCAAAUGGACCGGCUGGAGCCCAUCGCCGUCGUAGGCUUCUCUAUGUGCUUUCCGGAGGAUGCUACAUCCCCGGAGGGUCUCUGGGAGAUCCUCUGUAACGGGAGGAAUGUCAUGACUGAGGUGCCUCCGGAUCGGUUCAACAUCAAUGGCUUCUACCAUCCGGACCCUACGCGCCCUGAUACUAUCAAUGCCCGGGGAGGUCACUUCUUGAAGGAGGAUAUCGCUGCUUUCGAUGCACCCUUCUUUUCUAUGAACCCCUCUGAAGUGGAAAGUAUGGACCCGCAGCAGAGAAUCUUGCUCGAGGCGUCAUACCACGCUCUUGAAAAUGCUGGUAUACCAAUCCAAAAUGUGGCUGGGUCGAAGAGUGCUGUCUAUGUGGGCUGCGUUGGUGUUGAUUAUAACAGCCUUUUCGAAACAGACGAGGAGGUCCGCGCUAUUUAUAAGGCGACAGGUAAUGCGGAUGCUAUUCUGGCGAACAGGAUUAGCUGGUUCUAUGAUUUGAGGGGUCCGAGCAUGACUAUCGAGACAGCAUGCUCUAGUAGCAUGGUGGCACUCCAUCUUGCUUGCCAAAGCCUUCGUGUAGGUGAAUCAAAAAUAGGUAUCGUGGCUGGCACGCAGCUUUAUCUUGACCCUCUCACAAGUGCCAUAUCGUUGUCCUCUCUCGGAUUUAUGUCGUCUGAUAGUCGUUGCCUUAGCUUCGACGAUGAGGGGAACGGGUAUGCAAAAGGUGAAGGUGUUGGCGUUCUAGUCAUAAAACCGCUAAGGGACGCGUUGGCCAACGGCGAUACCAUUCGUGCUGUGAUCCGCUCCACCAUCACAAAUCAGGACGGCCGAACACCUGGUAUUACACAGCCAAGCCUGGCUGCUCAGGAGGAACAAAUCCGUGAAGCCUAUCAAAUUGGUGGCCUUGACCUCCGUAGUACCCGUCUUUUUGAAGCUCACGGGACUGGCACUGCCAUGGGCGACCCGAUCGAAGCCGAAGCCAUCAAGAGGGUCUUCCAGGAGUAUCGAAGCAGCGAGCAUCCUAUGUACGUAGGCGCCGUAAAAUCCAACAUCGGACAUCUCGAGGCAGUCGCAGGGCUUGCCGGCGUCAUUAAGGUAAUUCUUUGCCUUGAAAGGGGCAUCAUUCCUCCUAUUUCUGGCUUCAAGACUCUGAAUCGCAGACUGAAGGCGGAUGAAUGGCAUCUGCGAUUUCCCACUGAGCUUGUCCCGUGGCCUUGUAGUGGCCUCCGUCGGGCCUCGGUUAAUUCGUUCGGAUACGGAGGCUCUAACGCCCACGUUGUUAUUGACGACGCAUAUAACUAUAUGCGCGAGCGAAACCUCCAGGGUAACCAUUGUACCGUGGAGGCGCCACCAACAAAUGUGGAUCUCGGGAAAGGCCUGCCUAAUAGCGAUGAUGUAGAUGGCAUCUUGAUAUCCAGAAACGUGACCAGCAACGAAUUGCACAGCGGAACUCUCAGUAACGCUACCAAUGGAAACACAACGAGCAACUUGUAUCUUUUCGUAUGGUCCACCUUGGACGCUGCGGGAAUCGAAAGACUUGGGCCCGCGUACCGAGACUAUUUGUCCCAGAGACGCCCUGUAAGCGACGUUGCUGGUUUUCUCCAGAACCUUGCCUUUACACUUUCCGAUAGGAGAAGUUGGCUGCCCUGGAAGUCCUAUAUUGUUGCGAAUUCUUACGAUGAUUUGGUGGAAAAACUAGAUCGUAUACCAAAGCCUUCGCGGUCAUCCGUCCCUCCAAGGCUAAACUUCAUCUUCACAGGUCAAGGGGCUCAAUGGGCUACAAUGGGCUUGGAGCUACUCUCUCAUCCUGCUACCAAAGACUGCCUCGUCCAAGCAGAAAAGCAUUUCAAGUCCCUGGGGAGCGAUUGGUCGCUCGUGGAGGAGCUGAAGAAAGUCAAUGAAUCGUCAAGAUUGAAUGACCCUAUCCUAGCUCAGCCGGUUUGCACCGCCCUGCAGGUUGCGCUAGUAGAACUUCUUGCAUCUUGGGGCGUGUAUCCUCAAGGCGUUGUUGGCCACUCUUCCGGUGAAAUCGCUGCCGCCUUCUGUGCUGGCGCUUUUGAUAGAGAGACUGCCUGGACCAUUGCAUACUUCCGCGGCGUACUGGUGGGCAAGCUUGCUGCGGCACCUGUGGGUUCGAAAGAUCGCGGUGCUAUGAUGUCUGUACAGCUUUCUGAAUCAGAACUCCGCCCAUACUUUAAAGAACUCGCGCAGAAUGCGCAGUUAGGUGAUGUGGCUAUCGGAUGCGAGAACAGCCCCUCCAAUCUCACAUUGACUGGAUCGGAGACAGCCAUCGACUUUCUCAAGGAACGGCUUGAUAGCGACGGCAUCUUUUCUAAAAAGCUGGCAAUAUCAGCUGCCUACCACUCUACUCAUAUGGAGGUAGUAGCGGAUGAAUACCUCGAACGUCUCCGGUCGAUACAUAGACCGCAGCCCUUACCGCGGGAACAGGUGAAGCGUAUUCCACUCUUUGUGUCGUCUGUAACGGGUAAUACAAUCUCUUUGGAUCAGCUCUCCCAACUCUCCCAACCAGAGUAUUGGGUGAGGAACUUGGUUUCGCGGGUCAGAUUCGCCGAGGCAGUGGCCCAGCUUCACUCAAAUUCUCCCGAUACUCCCCUUGGGAAUCAAGUCAACUAUUAUAUCGAAGUCGGACCGCAUCCUGCCAUGCAAAGAUCUGUUAAGGAUACGGUGCCAACCACGGAGGGUAUGCAAUACGAUGCCACUCUUCGGCGUGGCGUAGAUUCUAUAGAGACACUUAUGAAUCUGGCAGGAAGACUUUUUACGGCGGGAUAUCCUAUCAACAUCCAAGGGGUCAAUACCCAUAAACCCAUAAGUGAGCCACCUCGGAUGCUUCCCGACUUACCAAAAUAUCCGUUCAACCAUUCUCAGAGAUAUUGGUUGGAGAGCAGGCUUGUCAAGAAUUACCGGCAACGUAGCAAGAUUAGACACGAGCUGCUGGGCCUUCCCGUUACCGACUGGAAUCCCCUAAAGCCCAGAUGGAGACAUACGAUCCGGAAUACGGAUCUUCCUUGGUUGAAAGACCACCAACUCAACGGUACAUUGCUAUAUCCUGGCGCGGGCAUGUUAGCUAUGGUUAUUGAAGCUGCAAGGUUUAUCGCUAGACCCGACUUAGUCGUUAGAGGAUACCGCUUCCGGGACGUCACGAUCCAUAGCGCACUCGUGGUGCCGUUCGGGGCUGACGGUGUUGAAGUCCAGCUCUACAUGCAGAACCAAAAGAACAGCCGGACGACAGGAAUCACCACGAUCGAGUGUAGGGAAUUUUGUCUAUCCUCGUGUAUCGAUAACGAAUGGAAGGAUAUCUGUUCAGGCCUCAUUACCACGGAAUACGCCGAGAAAUCAAGCGGUAUAUACGACACCGAAGAAGAUGCACAGAAUUUUAGAAGCUUUAUCCAGUCUAGAUUGCAGGAAAUCAUGGAGAACUGCCCGGAAAAAACAAGCGAAGAGCGCGUGUACCAAAUGGGCAGGCAGAUUGGCUUCGAAUUUGGCCCUACAUUCCAAACCCUCUCGGACAUCUCAUACGACCCAGCCGGGAGAUACUCUAUCGCGACCAUAAUAUUAGAUGAGUGGAUGUCGAAGUUUCCGAUAAAACCAAUAGUUGAGCCCCAUGUGAUCCAUCCCACUACUCUCGAUGGGGUGUUACAGACCAUGUCGGUCAUGAUGCACAGAGGCGGGAGCGAGCCAGCACCACUACAUGCACCGACGCAGUUCCAAGAGGUCUGGAUAUCUAAUGGACUUCUAGAAAGGAAUCCCGAUGCCAAGAUUCGAGUGGGUGCGAAGAUAACUCGUUACGCAGUCCGUGACCUCGAUGCCUCUAUCACUGCUAUCAACGUAGAGACGAUGGAGCCAGUUAUCACGAUGGAGGGUUAUCGAGUCACCACACUGUCAACGCAGACCUACAAACCAUCGGAGAGGCGUAAUCUCUUUUAUAGAUUGGAAUGGAAACCAGACGUGGAGUUACUUGGCCAGUUGGAGGCGGAAAAAUACUGCAUCGAGGAGGUGGGUACGCGUCUUGAAUGGGAUCCUAUACAAAAAAUCGUUUGCCUGUACUACAUGACUGAGGCACUUCGCGAGCUGGACCAGGAGGAUUUUAAAAGCCCAAAGCAUCACCUUCAGAGGUACCAGAGUUGGAUGCGUUACCAUUUGGAAGGGCUAGGUGAUAAUAACCCUCUCCUUCAUUCACCUUGGAAAGAAAAAUUGGCUCUAGAGAAUAAAGAGCACUUCAUCGCCGAGUUCAUCAUGAAAGGCCGGGUCGAGAGGGGCUUACAAGCUUUCUGCUCCCAGCUGCCCCAAAUCAUCCGAAACGAGGUUGAUCCAUUAGAUUUACUCUUCAACCAGGGCUUGGCUAAUGACAUCUACUCCGACGACGUUUUUGUCGUCACAGGCAAGCGGGCAGCAGCCUUUGUGGAUCUCGUUGCGCACAAGAACCCUAACAUGGAUAUCCUCGAGAUUGGUGCUGGCACUGGGACGGCUACGGAUCCGAUCCUGGCCUCCCUUUUGCCGCAGGGAGACCACCAGGCCACUCCAAAGUACAACAGCUACACUUUUACCGACAUAUCUCCAAGUUUUUUUGAGAAGGCCGCAAGUCGCCUCGCACAUCAUGCCGAUCGUAUGGUAUUCAAGACGUUGGACAUUGAACAAGAUCCUUCCGGGCAAGGAUUUGAAAGUAGGAAAUACGACAUGAUGAUUGCCGCUGCAGUGCUCCAUGCUACUGCUGAUAUUAGAGAGACCCUAAAGAAUACAAAUUCCCUCCUCAAGCCGGGCGGCUACCUGGUUAUGGUUGAACCGACAAACAAAUGGGGUACCGUCUCUGAUAGUGUUUGGGGAACAUUGCCUGGCUGGUGGAGAGGCACAGAGUACGACCGCCAGCAGGGCCCCCUUUACUCCCGACCAGAGUGGGAGACCUGUUUAAAAGAGAGUGGGUUUACUGGUAUCGAGCUCUGUGUUCCUGAUCACGCUGAAGAGGAUCAUCAUACCCUUAGUCUCAUGGUCUCGAAACUGGCCCCCGAGAGUGGUGUCACUACGCAAGCGCCCACUCUCCGGUCCAUAAUAAUCUCAGCGGACACUGAGCUCCAACAAGAUGUAGCUUUGGACAUGGCUUCCUAUAUGAAAGAAUUAAAACAUGUAUCGAGUUGUGAUAUCGUUGGCCCCAACUCUUUGCUUUCUAAAAAAGAUGAGAUUGACGUCUUGGUGGCUUUGCUGGAACUCGAAGACCCAUUUUUUAGCUCAAUGACGGAGGAAAAAUUGGCCAUCAUCAAGUCCAUAGUUGAUUCUUCGAAACGGGUCUAUUGGUUUACGAGCGGUGGCGGUGCCAAAGCGUUACAGCCGGAGAAGGCUAUGUCUUCCGGCUUCGGUCGUGCUAUCACGCAAGAAUACCCGGGUCUUUGGUUCGCCAGUGUCGAUGUGGAUGAUCCGAAGACAGCCGCUGAGAUAUUUGCGAGAGUGUUCGAGCAGAGCAUAGGGGUAGCCGAUAGCGAAGAUUGGGAAUCCGAAUAUCAGCAAUCCGACGGAGUUGUCUUAAUCCCGCGUGUAGUCGAGGCGGACGAGAUUAAUGCCUUUACGCACUCGCAGACGGGCCGGCCCGCGAUCGAAACCAAGGCGGUUGGCAAGGAACCGACCGAGGCACUGGAGCUACAGUACAGCGUUGGUCAGCUUGACGGCUUCCGUUUCGUCCGCGACGAAUCGGCCGAAAAAGCUCUCCUGGAUGACGAGGUGGAGGUCGAGAUUAAGGCGACAGGUGUUAACUUUAUCGACGUCAUGGUCAUACUAGGACAAUUAGCCGGUACUCAUUUCGGCUGCGAGUACUGUGGCGUAGUAAGACGGGUCGGAUCAGCGGUUAACACGCUCGCCCUCGGAGACCGUGUCUGUUUCCUCGGAGCAGACGGCUUCAGGACGUACGUCCGAUGCAAAGCUUUCAUCGCAGCUCGAAUUCCAGACUCUCUCCCCUUCACCGACGUGUUUCCGGCCGUUUAUCUCACCACAAUCCACAGCCUCAACCACGUCGCCCACUUGCGCAAGGGCGAGUCCAUCCUAGUCCACGCGGCAGCCGGCGGUGUCGGACAGGCAGCAGUCCAGCUGGCGCAGCACAUAGGCGCCGACGUCUUCGUCACAGUCAGCUCGGCUGAGAAGCGCAGGCUGAUGCAGGAGCAAUACAACAUCCCUAACGACCGCAUCUUUUACAGCCGUAACCUCUCCUUCGGUCGGCAGAUCAUGCAGGUUACCAAGGGCCGUGGCGUCGAUGUGGUCCUGAAUUCGCUGUCGGGAGAGGCGCUCGCCGAGUCCCUGCGCAUCCUCGCGCCACUAGGACGCUUUGUAGAGAUUGGAAAGCGAGACAUCCACACAUUCCAGAAUCUCCCCAUGCAGCCAUUUGUCAGGAACGUGUCAUACCACGCAGUUAACACCAAGUCAGUCGAACAUUACAACCCAGCCCAUAUGCGUGAGCUUGUGCUCGAGCUGGUCGAUAUGCUCGCCGCAGGCACCUUCCGACCCCCACGACCCGUGAGCGUCUUCACGAGGGGCCAAUUCGAGUCCGCGAUCCGGUAUCUGCAGACGGGGAGGCACAUGGGCAAGGCCGUUGUCGACUGGGAGGCUGAGGCUGAGAUCCCCAUGGUGCCAAGUCCCAAGCCAGCGUCCACUUUCGAUCCAAAUGCUAGCUACGUAAUCGCCGGCGGCUUGGGUGGUAUCGGUAGGAGUCUCGCCGCGUGGUUGAGCCGCGGCGGCGCAAAACACCUCAUCUUGCUUUCACGCUCGGGCCCAACAUCUGAGGCCGCGACGAAGUUGAUCAAGGAACUUGUGGCGCGCGGCGUGAGUGUCACCACGCCUCGGUGCGACGUGAGCGAUGCCGAGUCUCUGAAGGGUGUAAUUGAUUAUGCCACCAAGACAAUGCCUCCUAUCAAAGGAUGUAUUCAGGCCUCCAUGGUCUUGAAGGAUCGGGUGCUCCAAAAUAUGACGCUGGAUGAAUGGCAAGCUGUUCUUGGCCCUAAGCUUAGUGGGACGUGGAACUUACACCGCAUUCUUCCUAAGAAGAUGGACUUCUUCGUCAUCCUCUCCUCCACUGGUGGAAUGAUUGGCUCGGCCGGCCAGUCGCAGUAUAAUGCGGCCUCAACCUUCCAGGAUGCCUUCGCGCGGCACCGCUGGUCCUUGGGCGAGAGGUGCGUCUCAGUCGACGUUGGCGUCGUCCAGGACGUUGGCUACGUGGCCGAGCACAGUGACAUCGCUAAACGUUGGAACGAAAGUAAGAUUCAGGUUCUCGCUGAGAAGGACCUGCUCGCGGUCAUCGAUUGGGCGUGCAACUACCCAGACCUAGAAUGCGGCCAGCUUCCGAACACCACCACGUUAUUGUCUUCCUGGUCUACCCAAAUCAUCACGGGAGCGGGACCGGCGACCAAGGUGGACCAACAGGCCAUGGAUUCAAUGCCGUACCUAAAGCAGCCCCUAUUCCGCGCCUUGAGACAAACAAACGCACACGGAGCGGGAGCCGGCACUCAGGUGAGGACUCAAGAAGAAAAGACAGAUUACGGCGUCCUGCUACGCGCGGCCGGAAGCCUGGACGAGGCCGGCGCUAUCGUUGCGGCCGCAUUAGGGAAGAAGUUAGCGCGCGCCCUGUCCGUUCCCGAAGAAGACAUCGAUAUCAUGAGGCCAGCCCACUCUUACGGAGUUGACUCAUUGGUUGCCGUGGAGCUGCGGUUCUGGUUUUCUAACGAGAUGAAGUCAGACAUUUCCGUGUUUAACAUCUUAGCUAACGACCCUAUCUUAGCCUUGGGACGAUUCGCAGCGGGAAAAAACCUUUUCCCGCUCGCGUCCAUUUCGGAACUUUUGUCCUCGACCAUUUCCACCAGUACAUUACACACUCAACCAUGUGGCAUACAGUCGCCGCAAACAUCGAACGACGUCGCCACGCCACUAGUUGUGCUGAUGAUGUACCCACCAAUGGGAAUAUCCGACGUCGGCAUUCUUGAACUUCUCGAUUCUGAUCCUAGACCGACCUUCAUCGUCGCGAUUGCUCCGGCACAGUCGCCGCAGCCAAUCUAUGCGAACCCCGCCUUACGCCAAAAACCCUCUCUACACGCGCGGCUCGUCGAGUUAUCUCAGUCGCGUCAUGGAUCUUUUUGGGACUGGGCGACCGCUCCUAUCCCCUGUAGUCCGAGCCUAGGCCACACGUCCCUUUUCGAGAGUAUAAUCUGGACGCGGUCGAUUGUCGGUAAUAAAUGGGCUGUUAUUGGUGGAAAUCAUGGUUUGACAUCGGAAGAAGACAUCCAUGGCAGGAGGGCCUCACAUAGCCGGGGAAAUAGCAAUAGUAUCCUACACGAUAGCGCCCUAUCCGUAGCUUCAGAAGAUGGAGAUUAUGGUUGGACGCCUCCGGAUUUCAUGCUAGAUCAGGAGUCCUUCGUUCAUGUAAUCAAUACUUUGGACUGGGCGGCCACACCUCUCGGUCCGCUGUCCCUCUGGCCUCCUCUCCUUCAGCAAACUUUCAACCAGGUUCUUGCUGACUCGAGACCUAUUGUUAUAUACUGGGGUGACCACUUGACGACUCUAUACAACGAAGCAUUCAGCCAGUUGUGUGGCUCCAAGCAUCCUGCUUUAUUGGGGAAGUCGGUAGAAGACGCUUGGCCUGAUUUCUGCGAAAAGAUCAAGCUGGCAAUGUCUUCGAUGGCCUCAAAACAGCGUACAGGCAAUGAGGAUGAGUGGCGUUUCUUUGUAGAGAAAGCCGAUGGGAGUUCUGAAGAGAAGUAUCUCAAGUGGUCUAUGAUACCUAUCACCGAGAAGAACAAGUGUCUUGGUUUUAUCCAGCCUAUCCAAGACACAACUUCUAUGAGACUUUGGGAGAGACGUAUGCAAAUGCUGAUUGAUUUAGGCGACACUCUGGUCACUGCCCGUGACGUCAAGUCCUACUGGGCUAAACUCAUCCAAGAACUCGAGGCGUGCCAGCCUACCUACGAUAUUCCCCUUGCUAUCCUCUACUCGGUUGAGGAAGACCCAGAGUCGUCGUCUGCAGGAAAAGCUGGCCGACUGGAAGGCUGUCUGGGUAUUCCAAAGGAUCAUCCUAUAGCUCCCCCGAAGUUACGGCUAGAUGGAAGCGAUCUAGGGUUGUCUUCAUCCUUUAGAGAGGCUCUCGAAUCGCAGACCCCAAUACUGUUGCAGAUCAAGAAUGGGACAUUGCCAGAGUCGCUGCUCGAGGGUCUACAAUGGCGUGGUUUCAAAGACCCUUGCCAUGAGGCUAUCAUUUGCCCUAUACGACCAACAAAAGAUGAGCAUGUGCUAGGCUUGCUCUUGCUCGGGCUCAAUCCUCGUCGUCCGUACGACAAUGACUACCAGCAAUAUAUUUCCUUGCUGGGUCAGAAGCUGACCACGACCCUAGCGUCUACCGUGCUUCUAGAGGAGGAAGCACGAAGGGGUCGCAAUAUCGCCGAGCAAGCCGCGUAUGACCAGGCGAUGCUCGCAAUGCAGACGAAAGAAGCUACGGAGUCUGUCCAAAAGUUCCAGCAAAUCGCCGAAUUCAUCCCAGUUGGAAUGUGCUUCGGCAAUCAUCGUGGCAAUAUCACAUUUGCUAAUGAUGCCUGGCAUCGCAUCACUGGCGCUCCCCAAGUAAAUCCACUUACACCCGAGGGUUUCUUGUCUUGCGUCAUCGAGGAAGACAAACCCAAUGUACAGCGAGCAUAUGAAGAACUUCAACGGACUCUUACUGUGACUAUUGAGCUGAGAGUUCGACGGCCGAUAGAAGAUAAUUAUCCCCUUCAGCAUCCCAUCGGAAGCUCUCCUAGUUUCGAGAAGGCCGGUCUGGACCUUGAUGAGGGGGACGGCGGGGUCCGGCACGUUUUGGCUUCCUUGAAAGCUGAACGGGGCCCUAGUGGUAACAUCAAUCAGGUUUUAGCAUGUUUGACAGAUGUGACUUUACAUAGAAAGGCCGCCGAAGAAGCAAUCCGCAAGGCCCAACAGGCAGAGAAUCUCAAACGGAUGGCACAGCUCGCUACGGUGGGGAUGUACGACAUGGCUCUCGACGGCCGUUUGAUCGGAGCCAACAAUGUGUUCUACGAAAUGUGCGGCCUGGAGAGAGUGGACCUCUCCCAAGUGUCAGUUAAGCCAUUCGAAUUUUGUGUCGUGGAUGAGGACAUGCCGGUCCUAGAGAAGACGCUUGCCACCCUCGUUAAAGAGUGCAAAUCGCAGACUGCCGAACUUCGGUUAAAGACAUUGUGGACUGAAACAGAUACUACUGGAGAACAGAUUACCGCACCACGUUGGGUCCUUGCUACCUUUAUGCCAGUGAGUAACUCGGAGGGGCAGAUUCAGACUUUUACGGGCUGCCUGAGUGAUGUCUCGUUACAAAAAUGGCAAUUCGAAAAGGAGCGGCAACGGAAGGACGAGGCGAUCGAAUCAAAGCGUCAACAAGAGAACUUUAUCGACAUGACUUCGCACGAGAUGCGUAAUCCUCUAAGUGCCAUUGUUCAAUGUGCCGAUGCGGUUAUCGGGUGCCUCACCAAGGCCCAAGAAUUGAUCGAUUCAAUGUCUGCGAAGCCUGAUCGAAACGGCGUGUUGAACUCCCCCACAGCUGAUACCCCGGGCCGCGUCUGGAAGGAAGGAUCCCAGUUAGUGAAAGACAGUAUAGACAACGCAGAGACAAUAAUCGCCUGUGCGCAGCAUCAAAAACGAAUUGUCGAUGACAUCUUGACAAUGUCCAAGCUGGACUCGAAUCUUCUAUCCAUUACUCCGAUUACGGUUAAUCCUAUCCACAUUGCACAAGAGGCCUUCAAGAUGUUCGAGGUGGAAGCUCGUAGAGUCGAUAUCGAUUUGACCAUGGUAGUUGAUCAAUCUUAUAACAAGCUCAAUAUCGAGUUUCUGGAUUUAGAUCCUUCUCGACUGAAACAAGUUCUUAUUAAUCUCCUGACAAACGCCUUAAAAUUCACCAAGAAUGGACCGACGAGAAAUGUUUCGAUUACGAUGAGUGCUUCCAAGACCCGUCCAGAGGAUCAUGCCUCUUCGGUCCAAUUUAUCCCACGCGCAUUGGAAACUAUAUGGCAAGGUGAUAGGCCAUCUUCGCCAAUACCCGAGGAGAACAGGAUCUAUCUUAUGUUCGAAGUUAAGGAUACUGGGCAAGGACUCACUGAAGAAGAGAAGUCUUCCCUAUUCCAACGCUUCGUCCAGGCCAAUUCGAAAACCCAUGUGAAAUAUGGAGGUUCGGGGCUCGGACUGUUUAUCAGCCGCAGGCUCACGGAAAUGCAGAAUGGCGCUAUUGGAGUAGCAUCUAGUCCUGGUCAAGGUUCGACUUUUGCAUUCUAUAUUGAAGCUCAGGUGCCGAGUGAAGAGGCAUUCAGAGAGGCUCGGGCAGCUGCGGAGGCCGUCGGCCACAUCCUGAAGACAACAAGCAGCGGCGCUGGCAAAGCAUCAAACAGGGGCCCGUUUACCAUGACAAAGCCAGGCAAGAGGCUACUCACGCCACAAAUCGAAGGUGUCCUUCUAGUCGAAGAUAACCUUAUCAACCAGCAGAUCACCCGUCGUGAUCUUCAGAAUAGCGGAUGUUCGGUCGAAGUAGCCAAUCACGGAGUAGAGGCUCUGGAGAAACUUGAGCACACGAACCGUGCGGAUGGGCAAUUUCCACUUAGCCUUAUCUUGAUGGACAUUGAGAUGCCCAUACAGGACGGUCUCACCUGCACGCGCAAAAUCAGAGAGCUAGAGAAGACGGGUCAUCUUAAGGGGCCACGGAUACCUAUCAUCGCAGUCAGUGCCAACGCGCGCAUGGAACAGAUUUUAGAGGCUAAGGCCGCCGGAUGUGAUGACGUAUUGGUGAAGCCGUUUCGGAUUCCCGAGUUGAUUGAGAAGAUGAUGACUGUAACAAAACAGCUUGAAAGGUUUGGUUGA